AUGGCUCGCUCCUCCGUCGUUCAAGAGUACGCGCCGCCGUCGACGCCGACCCUCAGCCUCGACCACAAAGUCACGCUCGAGCGCCAAAACCAUGCGGUGCCGCGGCCGCAGGGCUACCGCGUGUCAUGGCACGCCAACCCGGCCGUCGAGCCGCACCACUUCGGACAGUCGCACCCGAUGAAACCGUGGCGGCUCACCCUCACAAAACAACUGGUGAUGGCGUAUGGGAUGCACCACGCGAUGGACCUCUACCUGGCGCGGGCGGCGACAUACGAAGAGCUGGCUGACUUCCACGAAGAGGACUACUUGGAUUUCCUGCGCCAGGUAAUGCCCGGUGACAUGGACAGGGCGGAGCAAAGUGAUAAUGUGGUCCGGUUUAACUUCGGCGAUGACUGUCCCAUCUUCGACGGGCUCUACAACUACUGCGCGCUGUAUGCGGGCGGCACGGUCGAUGCUGCGCGCAAGCUCUGCAAUAAUCAGUCAGAAAUCGCGAUCAAUUGGUCCGGCGGGCUGCACCACGCCAAGAAGGCCGAGGCCAGCGGGUUCUGCUAUGUCAACGAUAUUGUGCUGGGCAUCCUGCAGCUGCUGCGGCACCACCCGCGGGUCAUGUACAUCGACAUCGACGUGCACCAUGGCGACGGCGUCGAGCAAGCCUUCUGGUCCACGGACCGCGUGUUGACCGUCUCCUUCCACAAAUAUGACAAAGAUAACUUCUUCCCCGGCACCGGUGCCCUGGACGACACAGGGCCGACGCACCCGCUGAACCCGGGCGCGCACCACUCGAUCAACGUGCCGCUCAACGACGGCAUCGACGACGACUCAUACAUCCAGCUGUACCACGAGGUCAUCGGCGCCUGCGUCGCCACCUACCAGCCCGGCGCCAUCGUGCUGCAGUGCGGCGCCGACAGCCUGGGCUGCGACCGGCUGGGCUGCUUCAAUCUCAACGUGCGCGCCCACGGCGCCUGCGUCGCCUUCACCAAGACCUUCGGCCUUCCCCUGCUGGUCGUGGGCGGCGGCGGCUACACGCCGCGCAACGUCUCCCGAGCCUGGGCCCACGAAACUUCAAUCCUCCUCGACGCCGACCAUAUCCUCAACCCCACCAUCCCGGACUCGGUCGGCUUCCGCAACCACUUCGGUCCCGACUUCACUCUGUUCCCGCCGCUGUCCGAGUUGCGCAGGCUCGAGAACCGCAACCCGCGCUCCUACCUCGCCGGCCUCGUCGAGGCCGUCCACGAACAGCUCCGCUAUAUCCAGGGCGCCCCCAGCGUGCAGAUGAGCUUUAUACCUCCCGAUAUCCUGGGUCUGCGCGAGGACACCGAGAAGGAAAUUGAGGAGCAGACUGCCCUCCUGGAAGAAGAGCGCGAGGAGCGCCAAGGUGGUGGCUCCGCUGUUUCUGCUACUGCCGCCGUCAGCAUUGAGUCUGCUCUCCCCGGCUCGGCGGGUGCUAUCCCGCGUCCGAAUCGUCGUCGUGAUCUCGAACGUGGGGCCGGGUACAAUGGCGAACUGUUCCCGUGA